UUUUUUUUUUUACUUUGACCUUUGUGACCUUAGUUUCCAAGCAGAAGAUUAGCUGUUAAUGUGUUGGUAAAAGUUACCAGUCUGGAAUUACGAUGGAGCUCAUAUAUAGGUGGAGAAGAAAUGGAACAGCUCUUGAUGGAAUAAAGUAAUAAUAAACUAAGUCUAGUGGUCAACUACGAAAAGAGGUAAAGUGCUAAAGGAAACGACGCCAUGAAGUUGGGCCCCCUACCACCAGCACAAAUGAAGAAAAUCCUAUGAUUUGUUAGUGCUACUUUUGUGCUGUAAAAAUUUGAAUUUGUGCCGUUGCACUAUUUGAGAUAUCAACAUUUAUUUUUUUCUGGAAGUGACAUCACUCUAACCCCCCUACAAUACCCUAGAAACUCAAAUUUGGGCUCAUUAGUUUGCGCUAAAUUUGGGCCGAUUUGUGCCGUCGCAAUGAAGAAGAUGACUACAGCAACGGCAACAGCAAAAUUCUAAUUUUUACAGCACAAAUGUAGCAUUAACCCAUCUUAAGGUUUGUAGGGGGGCCAAUUUCAUGGAGCUAAAGUAAACCUCAGUAGAAUCCUAGAUUUUCUUAUGCAGAGACUGAAAAAGAAAAAAUGUGGCUACAGAAUGUAUGGGAUCAGUGCUAGCGUGUUAUAUCAGCAAAACUGCUUGCAAUUGGUAGCAAAAAAAAAAGAAAAACUGAGAAGCCAGGUAAUGUAAUUUUAGACGGAAGUUCUAUUGCAGGAGCUACUAAAUACAUCAGCUCAUAGUGAACAAUUUCUGACUGGCUCGUAGCUUUUAGUAGCAUACCGUUACUAAGUGUGUUAACCAGUUUUUCCAAAUAAAAUAUUAUUCUUGGAAAAAUACAGUUGACACACUGUCAGGCUGGAGUGUGGAAAACGUGAUAAUUGCUGAGUAAAUAAUCCUGGGCAAACACCGAAACGCUCGCCCUUGGUAUUUGUUACCCAGAACACACCUAUUGUUCUUCAUUGAACAGUAUCCUGUGUUCAAGGAUGUAAGACAUAACUGCAGUGCAUAAUGAUCUGCUUCACCUGCUUUUGAGUUUUGUCAACUGAAACAAUUACGGGGACAACAUGGCGAGAGCGUCAUGCCUGGUACUGGUGUUAUCAGCGGUCAGCAGCUUCGUCGUUUCUCAGACAACGAUCAGUGGACUGCAGACAUCCAGUUCUCCAAGCUCUUCAGCAAGCAAAACAAACAGUGAGACUUUCACCACUUCAACAGCUCUGACAGGCAAUCAUUCAAUCCCAGCAAAAGAAACAACACUGCACGGCGAACACUCAAAUGACACCAGUCCAACUGCAGGAACUACAAGGGAUCCCAUUAGUCCUUCAGAGCCAAAUACAUCCAUUUCUAGCACCAUCCAUGCGAACACGAUAGGUCCUACUGGCAACACCACCAGUGGAUCUUCCACUUUUACUACAUCUCCUUUCCCAACUUGGUUCACAACCCUUGCAUCUUCUGUCACAAGUUCCACAAAUGAUACAAAUGCAAGUGAGAACAUCACUCCAAAUGCAGAGGUGGUCGGUGGCGUGUCAGGGAACCCAGGCCUGGUUGCAGUCCUCUGUAUCUUCUUUAUCGUCUUAGCUCUGGUGCUGACAAUUGCAGUAGCAAAGGCCAUAAGUUCCAGAAAGAACAAGUUUGAAAGGCUUCAUGAUUUGCAGAUGAACAAAAUGAAUGAAGGAUCUCCAUUUGCACAUUACCCUCCAAAAUAAUUUAAAUGUUUCUUUCAAUUCUGAAAAUGAAGCAAAAAAUGUAUUCAAUGGAUUUAAAAAUGGAAUCACACUUCAGAGCUCUCCUUUAGUCAUAAACCCUGAUUUGUUACACUUGCUUCCUUGUAUGCUUUUUAAUGAUUGGCUGUUCCAGUGUAUUCUAAUCGCUUUUACUAUUAGCCCCAAAAGUUGGAUAUUUAAUUCUGUAAAAAACACAAUGAUUAAACACACACUAAGAUAUAGAAGA